UGAAGACUGUAGUACCCUCCGAAUUUCACCCCGCCAAAAGUCAUCCCAUCUCACUGAUACAUUACAACUAACGCAAGUAAAAUCAUUCAUAAUGCCUAUCAACCAGCCUUCCAACCAGAUCAAGCUCACAAAUGUGUCCCUGGUGCGCAUGAAAAAGGGCAAGAAGCGUUACGAGAUAGCCUGCUACAAGAACAAAGUCCUCGAAUGGAGAAGCGGCGUAGAGAAGGACCUCGACAAUGUCCUCCAAAUCCCUAACGUCUUCCUCUCCGUCAGUAAAGGCCAAGCCGCACCGCACCAGGACCUCGCAAAGUCCUUCGGGGCAAAGACGCCUAUGGACGAUAUCAUACUCGAAAUUCUGAACAAGGGCGAGCUACAAGUCGGAGAAAAGGAGAGGCAUGCACAGCUCGAGAGAAUCCACAACGAGGUUAUCGACAUCGUCGCUGGCAAGCUGGUAGACCCAACGACGAAGCGAGUCUACACGACCGGCAUGAUAGACAAGGCCCUAGACCAACUCAGUUCCCAAAUACAGACCCAGCAGGCCGAAGCAAAGGCGGAUGCGGCUGCGGCUUCACGCGACCCUGCUGCGAAGACGGCUGACGAUGCUACCGCUACCGAGGGGAAAGGCAAGGCAAAAGAGCUACCGAAGUGGACAGGUGUGGUCACAACGAAAUCGGCCAAAUCGCAGGCUCUGGAUGCGAUGAAGGCUCUGAUUGCUCACCAGCCAAUCCCCGUGUCGAGGGCUCGCAUGAGGCUAAGGAUAACAUGCCCUACCCCCAUCCUGAAGCAAUCGGUCAAGGCUCCUCCGAAGGCUGGCGGAGAGAGCGCAGAUGGUGAAGAGAAGGCACAUGGUACUGUGAAGGACCGUAUACUGACCUACGUCGAGGAGGUCGAAAAGCAAGAGGUUGCAGGGGAUGAGUGGGAAGUCACUGGCUUCGUCGAGCCUGGUGCAUACAAGGCGCUUACGGAAUUCAUUGGAAGCCAUACAAAAGGCCGUGGCCGGGCCGAAGUGCUGGACAUGGCGGUCGUCCACGAAGAUGAUUGAGUGUGAGCGCUCUCGAGAGGCUGCACUGGCAAUGUGCCUGCGGGUCUGGUACUGGAAAAAGGGGCGUGUAUUGAAGGCUAGGAUGAAGGUAAAAACACGUCGACCCAAGCAAAAUGAUAUUGGUUCAUGACCUUGGCGAGAUCCUACUGAUCUGAAGUCAGCGUUUUCGUUGUACGUUUGGCGAAACUUGAUCAUCCAUCUCAUAGCGCAAUGCCACUUUUUAGGUCACUUAAAAGCUCAACUCCACUUCCUACCUCUCCUCUUUGCUUUUCCAAAGAUUUUUCCUCUCGUCAUUCUAGAAUAUCCUAGAGCUCCAUCUCCCCAAAACACCCCUAACCCUCCCCCGGCACCCACAAAAGCACACCAUCCCGCCAUCCCCCUCCCCUCCGAAGCGCACGCGACAACUGGCACCACGAAGUCUCACCUCC